UGGCUUCAGGAUGAUUUCUUUAUCCUCACACGCCGUCAGAGAGCAGUGAUCCAUCAGUUAAGACCUCUUGGCUUUAAGGAUAAGAUAGUUUAUUUAGACGCGGGUUAUAUAAUCGGGCAGGCUAAAUACUGGCGUUUUGCGCGCGGGCCUUCGUGGUGGUUUAGCUCGAGCCUGAGAGAAAUUCAUCUAUUUAUUUCUAUUCUGCUGUAGAGAGACUAUUCCCGUCCGUGUUCAUGCCAGAUCUGCAGCGCUUCAGUUUUCCAUACCAUAGCAUGAAUCCAUUGUUGGGGGGCAACACGCAUCUCCAACAGCACCCGCAGCAGAGCGACGCCCCCGGACACCCCGACUCCCCCUCCGGCCUCCUCCCCGACGCCGUCUUCGGUGAUCCGGACCCGGCGUCGUUUCUUCUGGGGGAGCAGCCCGGCUCGGGGCCCGAGCAGCCGGGGCCUGACUUCACCGCAGCCUCGCAGGCUUCACCUUUCCUCCACCACAGCAGCCACUUCCACCCCCGGGCCGUGCCGCACCCCCCCGGAGCCAUGGCCCUCAGGAACGACCUGGGCUCUAACAUCAGCGUCCUCAAAACGCUCAACCUGAGGUUCAGGUGCUUUCUGGCCAAGGUGCACGAGCUGGAGCGCAGGAAUAAGAUCCUGGAGAAGCAGCUGCAGCAGGCGCUGGACGCCAACAAGGGCUGUCAAGGUGCGUGCUGCGAGAGCGCCGCGCGCACGCAGGAGACAGGUGUGCAGACCGGCUUUGUGGGGACCAUCCCGCUCCGGCCCGGCUCCCUGCCCUUCCACAACACCAACAACUCCGCCCGGAGGCCCACCACCCUCUUCACGCCUCCUCUCCCCUCGACCUUGCCGCCGUCCACCGCUGAGAGCGCGAGCUCGGCCCAGCCCGGCGCGCCCGGGAACCCGGCCAUCACCAUCAGCCAGGCCUCCCCCUGCGUGGACUCCCCCGGCUCUGCGCCCAAACCGGGCCCCGGCAGCAGCAGCACGGGCACCUCCACACACCCUCCCCCGCGGUUCCUCCCUGGCACCAUCUGGUCUUACAACCACACCCGCAAGUUCGGGCCCAGCUCGGAGCGCCUGACCAGCCCCGGGGUGUCCUGGAUGCACCCUGAUGGGGUGGGGGUCCAGAUCGACACCAUCACCCCUGAGAUCAGAGCCCUCUAUAAUGUCCUGGCCAAAGUGAAGAGGGAGAGAGACGAGUACAAACGCAGAUGGGAAGAAGAAUACACCAUGAGGACGGACCUGCAGCAGAAGAUUGCAGAUCUUCAAGAGGACCUGCAGGAGAGCGAAGGCUGUCAGGACGAGCUGGCUCUCAGAGUUCAGCAACUGAAGGCAGAACUGGUUCUCUUCAAAGGCCUCAUGAGCAAUAAUUUGUCAGAGUUGGACAGUAAAAUCCAGGAGAAAGCCAUGAAGGUGGACAUGGACAUCUGCCGCAGGAUCGACAUCACCGCUCGUCUGUGCGACGUCGCCCAGCAGAGGAACUGUGAGGAUGUGAUCCAGAUGUACCAGGUUCCGAACAACCAGCCCUCCCUGAACUGCCGCCGCAAGCAGACUCCUCUGUCUUUUAACGGGAGCGAGUGCGACGAGCCCGUCAGCACCUCGGAGAGCGACGGGGGCGUGGUCAAAGACGAGGAGCACUGUGGCUCGUCGGCCAAUCAGAUCAACGAGGAGAUGCAGAGGAUGCUGAACCAGCUGCGUGAAUGUGAGUUUGAGGAUGACUGCGACAGUCUGGCCUGGGAGGAGACCGAAGAGACACUGCUGCUGUGGGAGGACUUCCCAGGAUGCACUCUGCCUCCAGAUCCCGCCCACCCGCCCGGAGAGGAGGACUGUCUGGAAAAGGUGAUUAACGACACUGAAUGUCUGUUCAAGUCCCGAGAGAAGGAAUACCAGGAAACAAUUGACCAGAUUGAGCUGGAACUGGCCACAGCCAAGAGCGACAUGAACCGACACCUGCACGAGUACAUGGAGAUGUGCUCCAUGAAGAGGGGCCUGGACGUGCAGAUGGAAACCUGCAGGAGGCUCAUCACUCAGAGCGGAGACAGUAACUCUACAGCACCGGUGGCGACUGAGGAAAGCGACCAGAGAGAAAAUGACAGGUCGUCAGCGUCUCCGCCUUCAUCUUCAUCGAACUCCAACAAAUCCUGACGUCUCCUGACUCCGGCCCGGUCGGAGACUGCGGUGACCUCUGACCUCUGCUGCACUUAGCCACAGUACCACACAGACCCACGACACACCCGUAGAUAAGGCUUCACUGUUUACAUAUCAACAUGUUUAUUUCCUGAGUCAUAAUGCUAAUUGAGCUGAAUCACUGAGACUGUGGAGACGGAAAAACUAUGAAAAGUUUGAAUUGUUAGGAGAUGGUUUGUCAGAUCAAAGAUUCUCGACUUAUGUGAAAAAACAGACAUUUUCUGCUUAAUGUAGUUGGACUUGAAGAAAGCAACGCACUGCACACACCAACAGACAGUAUCUAAUAAUAUCAUGGACAUUUUCAUGUAACCUGCUGUAAAGCGACUGGAGCCUCACGAAGUUCACUCCUCACAGACUGCAGUCCGUCCUCUGGAGAGCAACCGUUAAACCAGGAUGGCAGUAGCAUCAAUAUUAGCAGCUCAUCCUGGAGGUGAUUCUCAGCCAACGUUUGGGUCUAGAGCUUCACAUUUGAGUUGAACAAGAUGUCGUGUUUCAGCGUUUUACUGCCUCGCAGCUGCUUGUUAGAGUCAGGGCUGAAGCAGAUGUUAGAUCACAGAUACAAUGUAAAGUAUGUUUAAAAAAAAAAAAAGAAGUGUGGCGGGGGAAAAAAAUACAGUAACAUUAUUCAGAGUAGUUGGUUCUCAGACUGCUGACAUGGCUCCGGUCUGCAUUGUUCUGCCCCAUAAACGAGAUUUUGGUCCUUUUAGUUUACAAAACUGUGAAUUACAUUUGUGAAAAUUAAGGCCAGUAUCAUUUUCUUUUACAGGUACAUUUAAAUCUGACCUUAAAUCAAUUGAUAAAGGGUCAAACAAUUCUCAGAGCAUUUGCAAUAAUGCUUAAAAGUACUUAACAGCGUUGUUGUAAGUUGCAUGUAAAUAUCACAGCUAUUGUGGUACCGAACUACUGUUGGCACAGAAAUCCUGCCUAGAACAGGUAAACAAACUGAUGUCUGUGAGAAAACUGAAGAAGAUGAAUUUGAGAAUAAAUAAUUUAGUAUUUUAAG